GUUUCUUACGUUUCCACUGUCAAGCAGAAAUCUGGAAACUUAAUUUUACCAUAAUAAUAACGCAAGCAUAUUCCCGGAACAUAAACAUUCGUGACGUAACAUCCGUCACGGAAGUGGACUAGCGGCAGUAGUGAGUCUCGUGCGCUCCUGAGCUCCAAGGCCCUCGUGAGUCUGGUGUCGUACUGCAGCGCGCGCCGGCAGACAUGCUGAAGGUGCUGCAGGUGUGUGUCCGCCGCCGGCUGUGCGCGCGCGUCUGUUCGGCGGUCGGGGCGCGCGGGCUCAGUCGCGGCUUCGCGGGCAGACUGAGCCGGACCGGAGACCGAGACUGCACCGUGGACCCGAACCUGGAGGAGCAGUUCGUGUUCGUGGAUUGUUCAGGUCCAGAGGAGGACCCCCAUCAAGAGGAGAAGGAGCUCCUCCGUCAGCUCCGCGUCUCCUCCACUGCUACAGAAUCCACUCCUGAAGGAGCAGUCUCCCCUCAGAAGCAGCUCAGGUCUUUGGAGCUGCAGCUGCAGGCGCUGAGGAGCGGGGCCCGGCAGAACGUGGGGCCAGAAUCGCUCAUCCAGUUCCAGGACAAGGACUUCCCUCUGGAGGAGAGCAUCCUCUCUGCAGACUCCAAAAAGAAGAAGAAGAAGAAGAAAGGGGUGGAAGGGAAAGGUGGGCACAAGGUUUUUGGAAGCCCUGAUGUGGAGGAGCCCAUCAGCGACACCUGUUGCUCGGGCUGCGGCGCCUUGAUGCACUGCACAGCUGCAGAUGUCCCUGGAUACCUGCCCAGCGAGAAAUACAAGGCGCUGCUGAUGGACGGCCAGCUGGGCGGAGCCAUCUGUCAACGCUGCCACCUGCUGACCCACCACCAUAAGGCGCUGAACCUGCAGCUCACCAGAGAGCAGUACCGGGAGGUGGUUCAGCAGAUCCGGCCUCACAGGGCUCUCGUGCUGCUCAUCGUGGACCUCCUGGACCUGCCCGACUCGAUCGUGCCCGACCUGCCGGGCCUGGUAGGCGCCAACAAGCACAUCGUCGUGCUCGGCAACAAGAUCGACCUGCUGCCAGGUGACUCGCCAAACUACCUCCAGAGACUGAAGCGGCAGCUCUCCGGUUACUGCCAGCAAGCCGGCUUUGGGAGUCAGGUGACGGACAUCCACCUGAUCAGCGCCAAGACCGGCUAUGGGGUGGAGGCCCUGAUCUCCAGCCUGCAGAGAUCCUGGAAGUACAAAGGAGACGUGUACCUGGUAGGCAGUGCCAACGCCGGGAAGUCCACUCUUUUCAACACGCUGCUGGAGUCGGACUACUGCAAGUCCAGAGCCUCAGACGUCAUUCACAAAGCCACCAUCUCCCCGUGGCCCGGGACCACUCUGAACCUGCUGAAGUUUCCCAUCAUCAACCCAACGCCGUACAGGAUGUUCAGGCGGCAGAAGCGCUUGAAGGAGGCGGAGCAGCAGAUGGAGAACGAGCUAACCCCACUCGAGCUGAAGAGGCUGCAGCACUUGAGCCGGCAGGGGUACCUAGUGGGUCGAGUGGGGCGGACUUUCCGAUCCGAUGGACCCAAAAGAGACGAGAUUGAGUUUGAUCCAGACAGUUUGGCGUUUGGAGAAGACGAGGAGCCGGCAGAGACAACUGUGCACCAGUCACAUGACGAGCUCAGUUACAACGAGCUGAAGGACGCCCACUGGCUGUACGACACGCCGGGGAUCAUCAAAGAACACGAUAUCCUCCAGCUGCUGCAGGAGAAGGAAGUCCAGCUGGUGGUUCCGACUCGGGCCGUGGUCCCGAGGACCUUCGUGUUGCAGCCCGGCAUGUCUCUUUUUGUGGGAGCUUUGUUCAGGAUAGACUUCCUGCAGGGGGAGAAGUCCUGCUGGUUUUCCAUCAUGGCUUCCAAUUUGGUUCCAGUCCACGUCACCAGUCUAGAUAAAGCUGACAGCAUUUAUGAGAAACAUGCAGGACACGUCCUGCUGGGGGUUCCAACAGGGGGGUCAGAGCGGAUGAAAGCGUUUCCAGCGCUCGUUCAUCAGGAUUUCUCCGUAGAGGGUGGAGGUUACCUGGAAGCUGCCGUGGACGUCAAACUGUCCUCAGCAGGUUGGGUGGCUGUGACGGCGGUGGAGGGACAGCAGCUGCAGCUCAGGGUUCACGGGCCGCCGGGCGCUGGUCUCGGUCUGCGGACGCCACCGCUGCUCCCUCAUGUUGUGAAUCUGAAGGGGGAACGGAUCCGAAAAUCGCCCACCUACAAAACCAUAAAGGUUUCGGGACUUCUGACCAGCGGACUGUCAGCCACAGGUGCUGAGCGGCUGCAGGUGAAGAAAAAGAAGUGACCCCAGGCACCUGCAGGAGGGUGUAGCUCCGCCUCCAACACCUGACAAAUGUGAGCAGCAGCUGCUCUGAUUAGUGGAAUGUUUUUAAGUUCAUGAGAUUUUGUAGAUGAAUUUAUUGGUACAUUUUGCUGUCAGUCUGAUUAAAGACGUCUGGAAUGAAA